AUGGGGAGAUGGGAUGGAGGUGUCUGGAGGUGGAACCUUCUGUGGAGAUGGAGAAGGAGGCUCUUUGUUUGGGAGGAGGAAUUAGUGGAAGAACUCCUAAUGGUCGUGAAUUUGAUAGUAUUGAAGGAAAAUACGAGCGAUGUGAGGGUGUGGUCUGAGGACAAUCAUACUUUAUUUUCAGUUUCUAAUUUUGUUUUACAUGUUAAUAAGCAAACGGAAAAAGGGCAGACAACAAAUGAACCCGGACGACUAGCUUCGAAGAACCUUGCUCCCCCUCGUGUUCAGCUCCAUGUUGGGUUGGUACUUCUUGGGCGACUCAACACUAAAGAGAGACUCUUCAGAUUAGGAACUCCGAGGAUUGAAGACAAUUUACGCACCUUUUGCAAGGUUGAAUUUGUGAAGGGACUAGAGUAG